AUGGUUUCGAACAUGACGGCCCUGAGGGAGAUGCUUAAAGUUACUACUGCCGCCUUGAAACUUGGGGGUCACCGUAUGAAGGAUAUCGUCUCACACAAAUCAAGGAGUUUCAGUUCGGGCACUCUGGGGAGCGAGGAAACCCGAGCCCUGAGGGAUACUUACAAAAACAAAUUUCUGCCACGGAAUUACGCCGACGAGUAUGGUCGUUAUAUCGGUGAAACGGUUUCACCCGAAUUAGAAACACUUCGUAGUAUUUUCCAGUCAGGUCUGGUUCAGGGAAACACCCUGUUGGAUUUGGGCAGUGGCCCAUUGGUCACAAACGUUCUCGUAGGCUCCAGUCGAUGUAACGACAUCGUGAUGAGUGAUCUAGUCGAAGCCAACAGGUUGGAACUCAUGAAGUGGCUCAACAAGGACGAAGAUGCCCUCGACUGGACCUUCCGCGCGGAGAAGGUUGCCGUGGUUGAAGGCUAUACCGACCUCAGGAAGGGGGCCCUGGAAAUAAUCGAGCGCACACGCUUAGCAGUUCGUAAAGUGAUUCCCUGCGAUGUCCUGGAGCCCGGAGUGCUCCCCGAGGAACACAGGCAGACCUUCGACGUUAUUAUAUCCUCCGGAUGCCUGGAAUCGGCCACAGCAGACCACGAAUCUUUCCGGAAGGCGGUUUGCAACGUGGGAACACUCGCGAGACCUGGCGGUCUACUUGUCCUUCUGGGCGCGGGUGGUAUAAAGAGCUAUCCCGUGGGUGACGUGGAUUUCGCUCACGCGAACCUCACCGAAAAGGUGGUAGAAGAAGCUAUUAAAGAUGCCGGCUUCCAGAUGGAAGUAUACCAUGCCCAUAGAGUUGGGGAGUUUGUGGAAAAUCCAAACGUGUUCACGUUUGUUCUAGCUGCCAGUAAAGCCUGAAUCAGGUUAUAGAAUUGUGUCUCAGUUUGUGCCAGAUACUUUGUACAAGUAAA